AGUGAGCCGGUCGCUCCGGGGGGCGGGGGGAGCAGCGCCGCGGCCGCCGCCGCCUCCGCCUCCGCCGCCUAGGACUAGGGGGUGGGGGGCGGACGAGUCCCGAUGCCGGGGGAGACGGAAGAGCCGAGACCCCCGGAGCAGCAGGACCAGGAAGGGGGAGAGGCGGCGGCGGCCAAGGCGGCUCCGGAGGAGCCCCAACAACAGCCCCUUGAAGCGGCGGCGGCGGCCCCUGGGGGGACCACUAGCAGCCGCGUGCUGAGGGGAGGUCGGGACCGGGGCCGGGCCGCUGCGGCCGCCGCCGCCGCUGUGUCCCGCCGGAGGAAGGCCGAGUAUCCCCGCCGGCGGAGGAGCAGCCCCAGCGCCAGGCCUCCCGACGCCCCAGGGCAGCAGUCCCAGGCCGCGAAGCCCCCGUCUCCAGCUCAGGGCAAGAAGAGUCCGCGACUCCUAUGCAUAGAAAAAGUAUCAUCUGACAAAGAUCCCAAGGAAGAGAAAGAGGAAGAAGGUUCUACCGUCCCUCAGGAAGUUUCCGUUGCCGCAACUAAGCCUAGUCGGGGCUGGCGCAGCAGUAGCAGGACAUCUGCCUCUCGGCAUCGUGACACAGAGAACACCCGAAGCUCUAGGUCCAAGACUGGUUCAUUGCAGCUCAUCUGCAAGUCAGAACCAAAUACAGAUCAGCUUGAUUAUGAUGUUGCAGAAGAGCAUCAGUCUCCAGGUGGCAUUAGCAGUGAUGAGGAGGAAGAGGAGGAAGAAGAGAUGUUGAUCAGUGAAGAAGAAAUACCAUUCAAAGAUGAUCCAAGAGAUGAGACCUACAAACCCCACUUAGAAAGGGAAACCCCAAAGCCACGGAGAAAAUCAGGGAAGGUGAAAGAAGAGAAAGAGAAGAAAGAAAUAAAAGUGGAAGUAGAGGUAGAGGUGAAAGAAGAAGAGAAUGAAAUUAGAGAAGAUGAGGAGCCUCCUAGGAAGAGAGGAAGAAGGCGAAAAGAUGACAAAAGUCCACGGUUACCCAAAAGGAGAAAAAAGCCUCCAAUCCAGUAUGUCCGGUGUGAGAUGGAAGGAUGUGGAACUGUUCUUGCUCACCCUCGCUAUUUGCAGCACCACAUUAAAUAUCAGCAUUUGCUGAAGAAGAAAUACGUAUGUCCCCAUCCCUCCUGUGGACGACUCUUCAGGCUCCAGAAGCAACUUCUACGACAUGCCAAACAUCAUACAGAUCAAAGAGAUUAUAUCUGUGAAUACUGUGCUCGAGCCUUCAAGAGUUCCCACAAUCUGGCAGUGCACCGGAUGAUUCACACUGGCGAGAAGCCAUUACAAUGCGAGAUCUGUGGAUUUACUUGUCGGCAAAAGGCAUCCCUUAAUUGGCACAUGAAGAAGCAUGAUGCAGACUCCUUCUACCAGUUUUCUUGCAAUAUCUGUGGCAAAAAAUUUGAGAAGAAGGACAGCGUGGUGGCUCACAAAGCAAAAAGCCACCCUGAGGUGCUGAUUGCCGAAGCUCUGGCUGCCAAUGCAGGCGCCCUCAUCACCAGCACAGAUAUCUUGGGCACUAAUCCAGAGUCCCUGACACAACCUGCAGACGGUCAGGGUCUUCCUCUUCUUCCUGAGCCCUUGGGAAACUCCACCUCUGGAGAGUGCCUCCUGCUAGAAGCUGAAGGGAUGUCAAAGUCAUACUGUAGUGGGACGGAACGGGUGAGCCUGAUGGCUGAUGGGAAGAUCUUUGUGGGAAGUGGCAGCAGUGGGGGCACUGAAGGGCUGGUCAUGAACUCGGAUAUACUCGGUGCUACCACAGAGGUUCUGAUUGAAGAUUCAGACUCUACUGGACCUUAGAGGAAGGGAAGACUUUGGGCACUGGGACAGCUAAGACUUUGUAUUUAAAAGACAAAAAGGACAAAAAAAAAAAAUUUAAAGCAUUUAAAAUCUAGUAAAAUAACUGAAGGGCC